GUAUAAUUUCGAUUUGUCAUGCUUGUUUUGCAGGUUAUGUUUAUUUUUGUGAGGGUGCACGAUACAAAUAAAAAUGAAAUUUUCAUACAAGUUUAGUAAUUUACUGGGUACAGUCUAUCGCGAAGGUAACUUACUGUUCUCUUCUGAUGGCAAUUCGGUAAUCAGCCCUGUUGGGAAUCGGAUCACCAUUUACGAUUUAAAAAAUAACAAAUCUUCCACACUACCUGUUGAAAGUCGUUACAAUUACACAGCUUUGGACUUAAGCCCAAAUGGUUGUACGUUAAUCGCUAUUAACGAGCAGGGCGAAGCACAUAUGAUUAGUUUAAUAUCACAGACCAUAGUACACAAAUAUAGAUUUAAGCGAAAAGUAAACACAGUAAAGUUUAGUCCGGAUGGGAAACACUUUGCCGUUUGCAAGGAAAAUAAUGUAUUCAUUUUUAAAGCUCCUGGGCCCUUCACAGGACAAUAUAACUCUUUUAUAAUGGAACGUGUGUUUCAUGGAACAUUUGACGAAACUACCUGUAUAGAUUGGUCUCAUGACUCAAAAAUGUUAGCAGUUGGCUCUAAAGAUAAAAGUACAAAAUUGUACCCAUUGGAUAAAUGGAAGAAUUUCAAAAUGUAUACUUUGGGUAGUCACACGGAUGUUAUUGUUGGUUGUUUCUUUGAGAAGGAUAGUUUUGACAUUACUACCAUCAGUCGUAAUGGUCAGACAUGUAUUUGGGAAUGUUCCGUGGAAGCCAAAGAUUUAGUGGCAGGUUCCGAUCCCCCAAGUAAGAAACGAGUGAGUAUUUUAAUACGUAGAUAUUAACAUAAGGAUAGCCUACAGAAAACGCCCAAGU